UAAAAACAUCCACCCCUAUUUCUCAUUCAGUAACCGAUCUACUGUGCUACUGAGCAAAUCCAGCAGUGCAAGCAGGUGGGUCUGCAUUAAUAUCAUCCCGUGAAUAUUUAUGAAGAUACGGAAAGUUUGAGCUUCCAGGAAUCUGCGUUCUGAUUGGUGGUGAUGGGGAUUUAUGAGCCGUCAAGCUCAGCAGAAGAUCUGUAUAAAGCUGAGGCUGUCGUCAACCUGAAGCACAAACUCACAGAAUCAACAAACUCCUCCUGUUCUGAGUCCUUGGUUUGGUUCUAAGUGCAAACAUGCUCCUUAAAGGCGGAUUUGUUUUACUCCUUGUUUUGGUUGCAUCUGUGUUCGGAGAAGAUCAAGAACCUGCACAACCAAGACGAGCACGAUUCUCUGCCAACAGCCCUACUGAGGUUGCCCGCUGUCUGAACGGUGCUCUGCAGGUGGGCUGCGCAGCGUUUGCAUGUCUGGAGAAUUCGACCUGCGACACUGACGGCAUGCAUGAGAUCUGCAACGCCUUCUUUCACACUGCUGCGAUUUUCAAUACAGAGGGUAAGACGUUUGUGAAAGAGAGCAUCAAGUGCAUUGCCAACGGUAUCACCUCUAAGGUCUUCCAGACCAUCAAACGCUGUUCCACCUUCCAGAAGAUGAUUGCUGAAGUGCAGGAGGAAUGCUACAAGAAGCUUGACAUCUGCGAGGUGGCCAGAUCUAACCCUGAGGCCAUCGGAGACGUGGUCCAGGUGCCCAGCCACUUCCCAAACAGGUACUACAGCACACUUCUGCAGAGCUUGAUGGAGUGCGACGCAGACACCGUGGAGGUGGUGCGAGCCGGGCUGGUGGCCAGACUCGGACCUGAUAUGGCCACACUCUUCCAGCUGCUUCAAAACAAGCCCUGCCCACCCGAACCUGCUGCCGCCGGGUCUUCUGGAGUGGAGGGCCACACUGGCUUCCGCUGGGCUCCCAUGUUCAAGAUCCAGCCCAACCUGCGCAACAGGGACCCCACGCACCUCUUCGCCAGGAAACGCUCAAUUGAAGGGAGCUCUUAGAUUCACAUCUUCACUCUCCAUUUGCAACAUGCAUCAUGCUGAUGUGUAUAAGUGGAAGAUGAUAGUUAGUAGUGCAUUAAAAAUGUAGUUUUCUUAGUUCACAAAAACCAACAACUACUUGAUUCUUUAAUCGCAUUACAUUCAACGUACAUGCCAAUGUCAUUUAUAGCAGAAAGAAAAUGUUUUAGACUCUUAAUAUUUAUUGUAAUUUUGGUUUAUGGCCUAAAGCAAGAGAGGCUAAAUUGUGAUGUGCAGGAUAUUAUCUUGAAAGUUUGGGGAAAAAAAGGAAACCUGUCACCUGAAUCAACUUGCAGGACAGAAGUAUUUAUUAGUAUACAUUGAAAAUAAUUUAUAUUUAUUUUUCCUACCAAAUGUAAUUUAUAAAGUAUAUUAUUGUUUAUUGUGAUCUUAAACGAACUGUAUUCUUUAAGAGAGAAAAAACUACUUAUUUCUGGAUAUGUUUCAGAUAUGUUUCCUAUGCUGGUCAUGGGAAAUAUAAUAAUAGGAUCAAGAAGGGCAUACUUUUAUCAUGUUGGUGAUUAUUGUAUAGUUGAUGUGCUUGAAUAGAAAUAAAACUUCCUGAUAUACUAA